AUGGGUCAGUCCUCGAUACAGAUCGAUCAUCGUUUUACAUUUCUGAGAAAAACAAUAAACAUUCGCGAUUCUUCCGAUUAUUGGAAAUAUGCAAUGAAUUUGGAGUCUGUCAAAUUUUCUAAUCCGUCUUUCCUCAUUAUUUCAUAUCUCUCUCUCUCUCUCUCUCUCUCUCUCUCUCUCUCUCUCUCUCUCUCUCUCUCUCUCUCUGGAUCUAACGUUCAAUCAAAACGGAAAUGCCAAGCCGUCUCUCCUUAUCUUUUUCACUCUCAUCUUUUCAUUGAUAUACGCUACUCUACUCUCUUUGCCUUUGUCUUUCUGUAUCUCACACGCCCAUCUAGUCUUGUCUUUAUGUACAAUCUUAAAAUCAUAUUCUUGCACUCCCUUAUGAAGAUUCUAACACCCCUAUCUAUCUAUCUAUCUAUCUAUCUAUCUAUCUAUCUAUCUAUCUCUCCCCAUCCCACGUUAUUACUAUCUUUCUAUUUUUAA